CACGAACAUCGAGGCAGCAGUGCUCUUCGGCAACGACGGCGUGGCAGGUCCCAGCCGGAUAGCGCAAUCGCGAGAAACACACGAGACUAGGCUGCGCGUGGGAAGUCGGCCACUAUGGCGGCCAGGAAGCUGCAACAAGAGAUUGACAAGGAGUUCAAGAAGGUGGCCGAAGGGAUCCAGGCUUUUGAUGGCAUCUUCGACAAGCUCAGCCAGAGCAGCAAUGCCUCGCAGCGGGAGAAGCUGGAGGACAGUCUCAAGAAGGAGAUCAAGAAGUUGCAGAGGUCACGCGACAAGAUCAAGACAUGGGCCGGGACCAAUGAGAUCAAGGAUAAGAAGCCCUUGCUGGAGCAGCGCAAGCUGAUCGAGUCGCGGAUGGAGCAGUUCAAGCAGGUGGAGAAGGAAAUGAAGACGAAAGCCUUCAGCAAAGAAGGCCUGUCUGCGGCCGCCAAGCUGGACCCGCAAGAGCGCGCCAAGAUGGAGAUGGGUGCCUUCUUAUCGGAUAUGGUGGACGAGCUUGCCCGACAAAUAGAAGCGCACGAGGCCGAGAUCGAGUCGCUGCAAGCGAAUGUUAAAAAGGGAAAGAAGUCGGAUAAAGCCGACCGGCUCUCCGAACUCGACCGCACUGUCGAACGACAUAAGUGGCAUACGAACAAGCUCGAGAUACUCAUGCGCUCGCUGGAGAACGGCAGUGUGGAGACGGACCAGGUGAAGGACAUCGAGGACGAGAUCAAGUACUACGUGGAAACGAACCAGGAGGUAGAUUUCAUCGAGAAUGAGGAAUUGUACGAUGACUUGAAUCUCGAAGAAGAGGAGGACAUGUACGGCAUUGCCGGCGGAGACAACGACAGAGUGUCAAGUCAAGAUGCGCAAAGCGUUUCAGAAGAGCCGCCCGAUUUGGAUAGCUCGACGGGACCCAUACGAACGGCGAGUGUGACGGCAGCAAGCAAGGGCAAAAGCGCAUCUGUGUCAGAAGCACCGGUGGCGAAUGGACGGAGGCCAAGUCAGCAGCAUGUGAAGAGUCCUUUACCGGCCCUGACGACCCUACAUCAGAGCUUGCCGAGCAAUGUCACCGGCAAGCCGGCAACGACAGAUAUGAAGCCUGCGCCUUUACCGACGAUACCGACGGGACAGCCGUUGAAAUAUGCCUCUGCCGCUGCGGCGGCGGCAGCGAGCGACAAGAGCGGGCUAGGUAUCGCACCGUUACCUCCGCCACCUGGCGCCGCGGCGGUGAAGGCUAGUGAAGAGCAGUCUUCGCCAGCACCGGUCAAUUCACAGCCGGUGGAGACGAUACAAUUGGCGAAGGCGGCGGAGGAGGUUGGCAAGGCACCUACGCCUGCACCGAAGGAGGAGCAGAAGCCGGAGGAGAUGGCAACGCAGCAGUCAUCCAGCGCGCCAUCUGUCAAGCCGUCACCGCAAACGACACAAGCCGUGCCUUCACAGCAACUGGAACCGUCAGCUGCACCUUCAGCAGCAACAGCGACAGGGACAGCGACAAAGCUACCGCAGCCACCUUCGCCCGAUUCAGGCAUAGCCGGCCUGGCUUUGUCCCACGGCGAACCUGCCCCGGAAGAAGAGGAGGAAGAAGAAGAGUCAAUCUAUCACCUCCCAUCUUCACUGACGGACCUCCUGGACUCAUUUGAGGAGACUCGGCAACGUGCCGCCUCCUCUCAACCGUUCGCCGACGCCCUCCCCUCACUAACCGCCAGCCGCCUUUCCGCGCCCCAACCCGCCGACUCCGCUCAUCCUGCACACUCUCACUACCGACCGCCAAACCCGUACCCUUACACCCCGCCUCACUACCCGCAACAACCGCUACCGAUCUUCGACGAUCCACGGCUGUAUACUCGAAUAGACACGGAUAGUCUGUUCUACGCCUUCUACUAUCGACAAGGGACUUAUCAACAGUACCUUGCCGCCAAGGCGUUGAAGGGGCAGAGUUGGAGGUUCCAUAAGCAGUACCAGACGUGGUUCCAGCGGCAUGAAGAGCCCAAGUGUAUCACCGAGGAGUUUGAGCAGGGGACUUAUCGGUUCUUUGAUUACGAGAGUACUUGGAUGAACCGACGGAAAGCGGACUUCAAGUUCGCAUACAAGUUCUUGGAGGACGAUCUAUAGCCGCUGCAUCUGCCUGCACGCUUCCGUCGAGGAGGCGGCGGUGCCAGCGCGCCGGAAGGAUCUCGGCUAUUGUAGAUAUUAGUGUUGUUCGGAGUAAGAACCCAGAAACACUAUCUUCUACGAGCUGUUUCCUGCGUUGGAAAGCCUU